UUUAGAACAAAUAAUAUAAUAAAAGAUGAAGUUCGGAAUAAAAUUAAUCCUUUCAUUAUGAUUUAUCUCCCUCAGCUUUGCUGAAAGAGAUAUGAAUGACGGUCAUUGGGUAAACACCGAAGCCAUUGUUAACGCCUCUCCAAGAAGAGCUCCCAAGGAAACUGAUAUCCCUGAGAAUUUUUCAUGGCAGAACAAAGACGGAGUCAAUUACUUGACUUUAGUUAAGAACCAACAUAUUCCUCAGUACUGAGGAUCAUGCUGGUCAUUUGCUACAACAUCUGUGUUGUCUGAUAGAAUUAAGAUUCAGAGAGGUGCUAUUGGCCCAGACAUCAAUUUAGCACCUCAAGUUCUCCUUUCUUGUGACAAAGUUAACAGAGGUUGCUAUGGAGGAUGGCCGUUGCUAGCUUAUAAGUUCAUUCAAGAGAAUGGCAUCACUGACGAGACUUGCUCUCCAUAUCUAGCUAAAAGCUACAGAAACGGAGCUGAUUGUGAAGCUGAACACAUUUGUAAGAACUGUAAUAAAUUCGGCGAAUGCUGGCCUAUGGAAGAGUAUCCUAAAUAUUAUGUCGACGACUAUGGCUUUGUUUCUGGUGAAGAAGAUAUGCUUGAAGAAGUCUAUAACUGGGGGCCUAUUUCAUGCACAGUUGCACUGACUGAAGAGCUUCACAACUACACUGGAGGAAUCUUUGAAGAUAAGACUGGUCGCAAAAACAGAGAUCAUGAGGUCGAGAUCGUAGGAUUCGGAGAAGAAAGAGGAGUCAAAUACUGGGAAAUCAGAAAUUCAUGGGGUUCUAACUGGGGAGAAGAAGGAUUCUUCAAGCUCAUCAGAGGUGUCGACAACCUUGGAAUUGAAACCAACUGUUCAUGGGGUAACGCUAUAAACACCUGGGAUGAAGGCAAACAAGUCAUCCAUAGAAUAUCAGAUGAGGAUAGAACUAAGUUCCAGAAAGAAAAACUUUAUCAACAUAUUAAAUACCAAUUCACUAGAAGAGACUUGGAAGAAGAUGUGCAUAACACUAGAUGUAGAAAUGAUAAUGAUAACUAUUCUGGAGAACAAAAGAUUCUUACUCCAAGACCACAUGAAUACUUAAAUUCAAAGGAUCUCCCAGAGAAUUGGGACUGGAGAAACAUCAGUGGAAUUAGUUACGCUUCGACUUGGGUGACGAACCAACAUGUUCCUGAAUACUGUGGCUCUUGUUUCCUUCAAGCAACUACAGCUAGUCUAGCUGAUAGAUUUAACAUUCAUAGGAAGAGGACUGAUAUCAAUUUUGCCUUUAGUGUUCAAUCUCUGAUGAAUUGCAGAUUCGGAGGUUUAUGUAAAACAGGAGGACAUCCGAUCGAAGUCUAUGAAUACGCUCACACCGAUGGUCUUUUACAUAAUUCAUGUAUGAACUAUGAGUCUCAAGAUAUUAAUGAAGAAGAUAGAUGCGAUCCCAUAAAUGUCUGAAGAGACUGUAAAGGACCUUCCUUUGCUGAAGGAGAAGAAGACCCUCUUCAAAACUGUUGGGCUGUUGAGAAUCCAACUAAGUUUUAUGCCUCAGAGUUUGGUCAACUCAGUGGUGUUGAAGAGAUGAAGGCUGAAAUUUAUAAAAGAGGGCCUAUCUCAUGCGGAAUCAAAACAACUCCUAGCCUGUAUGAUUAUAAAGGAGGAAUUUAUUCCGAAGUUAGAGAGAUUACCGAUCUCACUCACGAAAUCUCUGUUGUAGGAUGGGGAAAGGCUGAGAACGGAGAAGAGUACUGGAUUGGAAGGAAUUCCUGGGGAACCUAUUGGGGAGAAAACGGCUUCUUCAAGAUUAGUAUGUAUGAGAAUAAUCUUGGAAUUAACAGAGAUUGUACCUUCGGAGUUCCAGAUAUGAAGAGAUCCGGGCUUGAUGAGAUAAGUCUUGAGCAACAAUAA